UUAUUUACAAAAAAGAAGAAGAAGAUAUGUGAUAUAAUUGAAAUGAGGGAAGAAAAUAAAAUAUGUUAACGGAUUUAAUUGGUAGCCUGUCAACGAAUCCGUAUUUCGGAGCAGGAUUUGGUUUAUUUGGUAUCGGCGCUGGAGCCGCAAUCCUACGCAAAGGCUUACAAGGCGGGCUGGUGCUUUUUCGCCGACAUUUGAUGAUAACAUUGGAAGUGCCAUGCCGAGAUAAAUCAUAUCAGUGGUUAUUGCAAUGGAUAACACUACGUGGUGCACGCGAGACUCAACAUUUGAGUGUAGAAACAUCUUUUGUUCAAAAAGAAACUGGUCAGAUUCAAACAAAAUAUGAUUUCAUUCCCAGUAUAGGUAAACAUUUAAUGCGUUAUCGCGGCUAUUGGAUACAAGUGGAACGUACAAGAGAACAACAAACACUAGAUUUACAUAUGGGAGUGCCUUGGGAAACGGUGACACUAACUGCAUUCGGUAGGAACAAGCAAAUAUAUUUCGAUAUGCUCGAGGAAGCGCGGCAAUUAGCAUUAACCGCCCAGGAGGGUAAAACUAUAAUGUACACAGCAAUGGGUCCUGAUUGGAGGCCAUUUGGUCAUCCGCGACGGCGACGUCCAGUCAAUUCGGUUGUCCUACAAAAUGGAGUUGCUGACCGUAUAAUUGCUGAUUGUAAAGAUUUUAUACGUAAUGCACAAUGGUAUGCCGACCGUGGUAUACCAUAUCGACGAGGCUAUUUACUGUAUGGUCCACCUGGUUGUGGUAAAUCAAGUUUCAUUACGGCACUGGCAGGCGAAUUGGAGUAUGGAAUUUGUUUGCUUAAUUUAUCAGAGAGAGGACUCACUGAUGAUCGUCUAAAUCAUUUGCUUAAUGUUGCGCCAGAACAAUCUAUUAUUUUAUUAGAAGAUGUGGAUGCGGCGUUUAUUUCACGAGAAGAUGUAGCAAACCAAAAGGCAGCUUAUGAAGGCUUAAAUAGAGUUACUUUCAGUGGAUUAUUAAAUUGUCUUGAUGGUGUUGCCUCAACAGAAGCACGUAUUGUUUUUAUGACAACGAAUUAUAUAGAACGAUUGGAUCCUGCACUUAUACGGCCAGGACGAGUUGAUGUAAAAGAGUAUGUAGGUUAUUGUGGCGAUUAUCAACUCGAAGAAAUGUUCAAAAGAUUCUAUAGACAAAAUGAUAAUCAAAAAAUUCCUAUGGCUACGGAAUUUUCCAAACGUGUUCUUACCGAUGGACGUUCCGUAAGUCCUGCGCAAAUUCAAGGUUUCUUUAUGCGACAUAAAACAUCCAGUGUACAAGCGGUGCUCGAUAGUGUUCCUGAAAUAUGGGAAGAUAGUCUUAAAAAAAAUAUACAAAAACAAGAAACUGUAGGCGUGUCUAUGCCAUUAGCAGCGUGAUGAGCUAAUAUAAAUUAAAAUAAAACGAAACAAAUUGUUUUAA